CGCAAUGGAUGGAUGCUUCCGAGCGGAACGCAGCGUCACCGCGUCCGGGCAUGCGUGCGGUUUAUCCGGGCGCUCUGUUAUGAAGGGAGACGGCGGAGUUUUACUUCUCUCCGAAAAACCGGUUCGAGUCUAAAGAAGAAGGAACGCCCGUUGAGCUGAACUUUCAGUUUCGAUCAGCAGCCGCACUCAAGGCUGGAUUUCCCGUGCGCAGUAGCGUUUCGAGAUCGAUUGCGUGCGACUCUUUGAGACUCGGGCUCGGAUUUUGGUUAUGCAUGGUUGUGUUUCGAUAUAAGCGAUGAAGUCUGUGCUGUGCGCUUUUGUGACGGCUGUGCUCGCGCUACAGCAGGCCGAGUGUCUCAAGAGGAGCUAUUAUAUAGCCAUUAGAGAAGAAGACUGGAAUUACGCACCGAGCGCCAGAAACCUGAUCAAUAACCGAAGCAUUGAGCAAGACGAACACGCGUCGGUUUUUCUGUCAAGUGGCAAGACCCGGAUAGGGAGUGUUUACAAAAAAGCUUUGUACAGACAGUACACAGAUGGGUCUUAUUCCGAGGAGAUAGCUAAACCUGCCUGGCUCGGCUUCCUCGGACCCAUUUUACGGGCUGAGGUCGGAGAUGUCAUAGAAGUGCACAUGAAGAACUUUGCGACCAGGUCUUAUUCUCUCCACCCUCAUGGAGUCUUCUAUGAGAAGAAUUCAGAAGGAGCGUUGUAUCCAGACGGCACCACUGGUCGUGAUAAGAGAGAUGAUGCGGUGGCUCCAGGUGAGAGCUACACAUACACCUGGCAGGUCAAACCAGAGUACGCUCCUACUGAAGCAGAUGCCAACUGUCUCACCUGGAUUUACCAUUCACAUGGAGAUGCACCAAAAGACAUUGCAUCAGGGCUGAUAGGAGCUCUGCUCACCUGCAAACAAGGCACUUUGGUCUCUAGUCAAAAGCGCUCUGAUGUGGAUGAAGAUGUCAUUUUGAUGUUCAGUGUGGUGGAUGAGAACUUGAGCUGGUACUUGGAGGAGAAUAUUGAAAAGUUCUGCUCUGAUCCAGACGAAACAAAACAACAUAUGGAAUACGUAGACGAGGAGUUCAGAGAGUCCAACCUCAUGCACUCAAUCAAUGGCUAUGUUUAUGGGAAUUUGCCUGCGCUGAAAGUGUGUGUCGGACGUCCCGUGUCUUGGCAUCUCUUCGGUAUUGGUAACGAGGUGGACAUUCAUUCGGCUUAUUUCCAUGGGCACACCCUCGUGGAUCGCAUGCACCGCACAGAUGUGCUUAGUCUGUUUCCUGCCACUUUUGUCACCGCAACAAUGAUCCCCAGAACAGAAGGAAAAUGGUUGUUAAGCUGCCAAGUCAACGAUCAUGUAGAAGCAGGUAUGCAGAGUUUCUAUGAGGUCUCGGCCUGUGGGUCCUCAGUCUCUCCAACAGAGGCCCCUGGCAAAGAGAGACAUUUCUACAUCGCUGCUGAGGAGAUGGACUGGGACUACGCACCUUCAGGGAUGAACUACAUGACAAAUAAAUCACUUACUGAGCCAGACAGUGACUCUGAAUCGUAUUUCAGUCGUGAUGGUGGUAAGCUGGGUGGAAAUUACCUGAAGGCCAGAUACAUUUCAUACACGGACAGCACAUUUACUACCACAACACAUAUUGCGGGCUCGGAUGAGCACCUUGGAAUUCUGGGUAAAAUCCUCGCUUGUUAUGCCAACAAAAUUCAGCACGAGUUUUUUCUGCUGUUCUCUGUCAUGGAUGAGAAUAAAAGCUGGUAUCUGCAAAAGAAUUUGAACAAGUUUGGUAGCCAUGAUUCAGAUCCAGCCAAUGAAGAGUUUCAGGAAAGCAAUAAGAUGCACGCGGUGAAUGGCUACAUGUAUGGAAACCUGCCUGGUCUGGACUUGUGUAAUGGGGAACAUGUUAUGUGGCACAUACUUGGCUUGGGCACUGAGGUGGAUAUCCAUGGGGUCUAUUUCGAGGGUAACACGUUUCAACGAGACGGGAUGAACCGUGACACUCUCAGUGUCUUCCCGCAUACCGCAGUGACUGUUAGCAUGACACCCGACAAUAAUGGCCAGUUUGAGCUGAGCUGUCGUACGGGUGAACACUACCACGCUGGCAUGCGCCAGCAUUAUGAAGUCAAGUCCUGUUCAGCAGAGACUCCUGCAGCAGAACAUUUCACCUCCACAGUGCAGUACUUCAUCGCAGCAGAGGAGGUCGAGUGGAAUUAUGCUCCAGACCGCACAUGGGAACUGGAGAAACACAAAACUACACUGGAGGACAGCCCUGGAGGAAUUUAUCUUGAACAGUCAAAAAAUAGGAUUGGUGCAAAAUAUAAGAAGGUGGUGUUUCGUGAAUAUUUAGAUGAAACCUUUACCAAAAAGAAACACAGACGUCCAGAGGAGGAGCACUUGGAAAUAAUGGGACCCAUCAUUAGAGCUGAGGUUGGUGAGAAGAUUCAAGUUGUGUUUAAAAACAAAGCCAGCAAGCCAUAUUCUGUUCAUGCCCAUGGAGUGAAGACCAGUGAAACCCAUCAGAACGGUGUUCAACCAGGUCAUAUGACGACAUACAGCUGGACCAUUCCAAAACGAUCAGGUCCGGGUCGCAGUGAUCCAAACUGUAUAACGUAUGCCUACUACUCGUCUGUCAGCCUAGUUGAGGACUUGAUGAGCGGUUUGGUGGGUCCACUGAUAGUGUGCCGCAAAAACACCCUGAACACCGACAGACGUAGAAAAGACAUUGAUAAAGAGUUUGCGCUCCUUUUCUUGGUGUUCGAUGAAAAUGAGUCCCACUACCUGGAUGAAAACAUAAAAAGGUACCUCAACGCAGACCCAGAAAAAUACGAAGAAAAAUAUGAUGAGGACUUUAUGGAGAGCAACAAAAUGCAUGGUAUUAAUGGAAAGAUGUAUGCUAACCUCCAUGGGUUGAAUAUGACAGAGAAUGACAAGACCGAGUGGUAUUUGAUAGGACUGGGGAAUGAAGUCGACAUGCACACUGUGCAUUUCCAUGCUCAGAGCUUCAUUUACAAAGUACAUACAUAAACACACCAGGGCAGAUGA